AUGCGUGCCACACUCACAUCCCUUAUCACUCUAUUUAUAAUUACACUUGCUGAAGCAUCCGUUACUUGCGUCAAGGUUGGGGCGACAGCCAAGGCCACAUGGACCAAUUCAGCUGGGAAGACUUGCACGUGGACAGGAACAGUAGGAGGCAACUUUGGAACUAAUACCGUCAACGCUGGAGACUACAGCUGCAAUGGAAGAUGUGGAGCAGGUUGCACUGGAACUGCCAUUGGCAAUUACUACACACAAGACUGCUGGAACCAUGACAUAUGCUCUUACUUCAACAAUGCCUCAGGUGGUGCAAGUGACGCUAAUUGUGGUUCGGCAUAUACUGCGGCAGAAGAUGACUACCUUCUUGGUGGAGUUGAUGGAUGUACUCAGACAAACCCCAGCAUCUCAGCCGUUGUACCUACCACGAAUCCUGUCUGUGCUUGA